AUGGUGUACGCCAGAGAACACAAACUGGAGAGCAGACAACUCCUGUUUAUGAUCAUUCUAGCAGCUUGGAGGGCAGGGAGCGGCCAGCUCCACUACUCGGUCCCCGAGGAGGCCAAACACGGCACCUUCGUGGGCCGCAUCGCGCAGGACCUGGGGCUGGAGCUGACAGAGCUGGUGCCGCGCCUGUUCCGGGUGGCGUCCAAGGGCCGCGGGGACCUUCUGGAGGUAAAUCUGCAGAAUGGCAUUUUGUUUGUGAAUGGUCGGAUCGACCGGGAGGAGCUGUGCGGGCGCAGCGCGGAGUGCAGCCUGCACCUGGAGGUGAUCGUGGACAGGCCGCUGCAGGUGUUCCACGUGGAGGUGGAGGUGAAGGACAUUAACGACAACGCGCCUGUGUUCCCUGCGACACAAAAGAAUCUGUUUAUCCCCGAAUCCAGGCUGCUUGACUCUCGGCUUCCACUAGAGGGCGCGUCGGAUGCAGACAUCGGAGCCAAUGCUCUGCUGACUUACAGACUGAGCCCCAGUGAAUAUUUCUCGCUGGACGUUCCACCCACCCACGAGCAGGUAAAACCUCUAGGGCUUGUCCUGCGCAAGCCUUUAGACAGGGAAGAAGCUCCGGAGCUCUACCUAUGGCUCACGGCCACGGACGGAGGCAAACCCGAGCUGACUGGCACCGUUCAGUUCCUCAUCACAGUACUGGAUGCCAAUGACAAUGCUCCGGUUUUCGACCGGACGCUGUACACAGCGAAGCUGCCAGAAAACGUUCCCAUCGGGACCAUGGUAACUCACCUGAAUGCCUCAGAUUUAGACGAAGGUGUGAAUGGGGAGAUCACGUACUCCAUCUCCAGCGAUGUUUCUCCAGAGAUAAAAUCCAAGUUUCACAUCGACUCUGUGAGUGGGGAAAUUACAGUGAUAGGGCUUAUUGAUUUUGAGGAAAGGAAAGUGUAUAACAUCCAAGUAGAGGCAUCAGAUAGGGGCCUGCCCCCUCUGGCUGGCCACUGUACAGUUCUGGUGCAAGUUGUGGACAUUAAUGACAACGCUCCACAGUUGACUCUUACUUCCCUGUCUCUCCCUAUUUCUGAGGACACGCAGCCAGGCACAGUGGUAACUUUGAUUAACGUGUUUGACAGAGAUUCUGGCAACAAUGGGCAGGUGACCUGCUCCCUGACACCCGACACACCGUUCACGUUGGUGUCCACCUUCAAAAACUAUUAUUCUCUGAUACUGGAGAGCAGUCUGGACCGGGAAACAGAGUCGACUUACGAGUUGGUGGUGACCGCGCGUGACGGGGGCUCGCCUCCGCUGUGGGCCACCGCCAGCGUGUCGGUGGAGGUGGCCGACGUGAACGACAACGCGCCCGUGUUCGCACAGGCCGAGUACACGGUGUUCGUGAAGGAGAACAACGCGCCCGGCUCGCACAUCUUCACGGUGUGGGCGCGCGACGCGGACGCGCAGGAGAACGCGCGCGUGUCGUACUCGCUGGUGGAGCGGCGGGUGGGCGAGCGCGCGCUGUCGAGCUACGUGUCGGUGCACGCGGAGAGCGGCAAGGUGUACGCGCUGCAGCCGCUGGACCACGAGGAGCUGGAGCUGCUGCAGUUCCAGGUGAGCGCGCGCGACGCUGGCGUGCCCGCCCUGGGCAGCAACGUGACUCUGCAGGUGUUCGUGCUGGACGAGAACGACAAUGCGCCUGCGCUGCUGGGGCCUCCCGGCGGCGGCGGCGGCGGCGGCGGCGGCGGCGCGCGCAGCGAAGUGCUGUGGCGCUCGGUGGGCGCUGGCCACGUGGUGACCAAGGUGCGCGCGGUGGACGCGGACUCUGGCUACAACGCGUGGCUGUCGUACGAGCUGCAGCCGGCGGCGGCCGGUGCGCGCAGCGCGUUCCGCGUGGGGCUGUACACGGGCGAGAUCAGCACCACGCGCGCGCUGGACGAGGCGGACGCCGCGAGGCAGCGCCUGUUGGUGCUGGUGAAGGACCAUGGCGAGCCGGCGCUGACGGCCACCGCCACGGUGCUGGUGUCUCUGGUGGACAGCGGCCAAUCGCCCAAGCUGUCUUUGCGUGCAUCGGAGGGCGCCGUGGCUUCGGAGGCGACGCUGGUGGACGUGAACGUGUACCUGAUCAUCGCCAUCUGCGCGGUGUGCAGCCUGCUGGUGCUGACGCUGGUGCUGUACGUGGCGCUGCGGUGCUCUGGGGCGGCUGUGGGGCGGAGCGAGGGCGCGUGCGCGCCUGGGAAGCCUGUGCUGGUGUGCUCCAGCGCGGUGGGGAGCUGGUCCUACUCUCAGCAGAGGAGGCAGAGGGUGUGCUCUGGGGAGGGCCCGCCCAAGACCGACCUCAUGGCCUUCAGCCCCAAUCUUCCUCAAGGUCCCACCUCUGCAGACAACGUGAGUCGUAAAUAUUUUUAUUUUGAAUAUUUUGAAAAUGUGAAUUUCAAUGGGUUUGAUUUUUAA